AUGGCGCCGGCAGACAUGAUCCAUACCGGCCCUCCGUUGUCCGCAGCGCAACCAGCUACACCACCAAGCAGCCCGAAUCAGCUAUCACCUGUCACCUUGAACAAUGUCCAGCAGUUCAUUGACAUGGUCAAAGAAGUCGUGGUCAGGGAGAUUGCUUCCACUGCCCCUGCCUCAAAGAUUGAGUGCCCAGAUCAUCAGACAUCUACACAACCCAUCACAAUACAAGAUCUCGAAAAGCUUUUUCUUAAGCUCAUAGAUACAAAGUCAGAUAGCGCCACUGAGAUUUCCCAGGCCCCGCAGCCCAACUCUUCUCAACCGAAAGCGGUAGCUCAGGCUUCACUGCUGGCUUUCAAGGAAGUUAACGAAGUGUAAGCUCAUAAUUCCACAUAUUUGUAAACAUACUAACAAUUAUGGUGUAGUUGGGAUAUCAAAGCCUACAAAUACACUGUUGUGGAAUCUCCAAAGCCGAAGGAAAUUAGUGGCCUAGGACAAUACGUUUUUGUAGUUCGUGGCCGGGUUGGUAAGUGCGUCACCUAUUAGCAAGGGAUCUACGCUGACAAGCCCACCAAAGAUAAAAAGAGCGAACAGACGACGUAUUAUAUCGAUAUUAAUUCUCUCACGCUUCGGGACGCCUUGAGGAACGUCCUUCAUGAUGUUGCCGGGAUUAGUAUUAAGGAGGAAAAACUCUCGGUAAGAAUUUCUUCUUUGAUUCCAACGAAGCAGUAACUCAUUACUUCAGGUCGAACGGAACAUCUUGUACAACUUUCUCCCUGAAAUUGAGUCGUGCCGCAACUGGAAUGAGAUCGACCCCCUCGACCAGACAAGCCACGAACAUAUCCAACUUCUUAUUGACUACAUCAAGUCGUCCUACGCAGACACCACGCAGCGACUUAAUGUGCUCCUAGGGAGCAAAGAGAUCACUUACGACCUGCUCUGGGUGCUUUUCAAACCAAAUACUCUGGUCUAUACUACAUGUGAAGGGACCAAAAAGCCAAGGUGCAUCAGAUACGAGUCUGGCGAAGCGGAGACUACCCCAAACGGUUUAGAAUACUUCCAUAUCAAAGGAAACUAUGUCGAAUUUGACGGGAAGGUUCUAGGAAAGGUUCCAGUCCAGACAGCAAUCUUGAGUUUCCGCGGAUCUAAGUCUAUUAGCACACUCGAGGCUUUUCCACUUCUUCACCACCUAACACGAGAGACUGUUCAGGAAGAGCUUACGGAGUGCGGCCGGAAAUUCUGUUCUUUGGUUGGAGUCUCGCAUCGGGAGUAUAAAGGGAGAGCUUUUCAGAUGGAGAAAGGGAAGGCGGUCGAGAUCUCCGUGAACAGCAGGAUUAUAGUGGAUCCAGCCAUGUUCCAGGAAGUCAAUCCCAACUAUGCUAGACCAAGCGUCUUUAAGAGAUCUGGGAGUAUCGAUAUAUGGGAAUUAAUGCUCAACGAUGAUCCUAGCACACAGCUAGAUGAAUCUACUCUCAAGAAGAGUGUAGACCUUGAUAGGCUAGAUGCCGAAGACCUUCUGAUAUGCAGUCCUACUGUGCUGGGUUUUAGUCUAGAAGACCAUUUAUGGCGUAAGUAUUGUGCUUCUAUCUUUUCAUAUACCUGUUACUAACCUCUUCAUAGUAGAGUUUGCGGUCGCUAAUAUCUCAGACAUCAGCUGGAAUGAGUCCAUUUUUAACCAACUUGCAAUCCCACCAAAGUCAAAGACGCUUAUUCAAGCUCUGACGACCGAACACUUAAUGCAGGAGAAAAUCUGUAUAUUUGAUGACUUUGUCAAGGGCAAAGGUCGUGGUCUGAACAUACUUUUAUAGUAGGUAAACCAGUUCUAAGUCUAAACAGAAGCUAUACUAACACACGCAAUAGCGGGCCACCCGGCGUAGGAAAGACAAUGACUGCUGAAGCACUCUCUGAACUCCUUCGCAAGGCCCUUUUUACAGUAAGUAUGGCGAGAACACCUAGCAUUUACUGAAGCUGACCUUAAGGUCUCUGCUGCAAACCUUAGCCAUGACCCGGCCACCCUCGAUAAGCAAUUAGCGGAAAUUUUUGAAUUAGCCAGUCAUUGGAACGCCUUGCUACUCCUUGACGAGGCCGAUGCAUUUCUCCGCCAACGGUCUGAAAAUCAUCAGCACAACACUCUUGUCGCGGUCUUUUUACGUAAGCUUGAGUAUUUUCAAGGGAUCAUGCUGCUUACGACUAAUCGGGUAAGAGAUUUCGACCACGCUAUACAGAGCAGAAUACACAUCGGAAUUUCCUACCAACCCCUAGGAUAUAAUACUAGGAAAAUGAUCUGGGAUAAUUUUUUGACAAAGACAGAGGGUGUAGUAAUAUCCUAUAGUGCCAAAGAACUUGAACAUCUGGCAACACAGAACCUUAAUGGUCGACAGGUAAGUUGUCUAUAGUGGAAGCCGAAGAAGGUUCGUUUAAUAAUCGAUGUCUCUCCACAGAUCAAGAAUACAGUACGUGCAGCAAAUGCGUUAGCAAACCAUAGCAAGACAAGCUUGUCUAUUACUCAUAUACAGACGGUCCUUGAUAUUGGGAAAGUUUUUGAAAACGAUUUCAAGGGGACGGGAAGAACCGACAAUAUGGGGGCGUACUUUUAA